AUGUCAAUGUAUAAUCAAUCUAUAAAAGGUUGUUCAUCACCAUUGGUGGUGAAAUUUGCUGACACUCAAAAGGAGAAGGAUCAGAAGAGAUUGCAACAAAUGCAAGCUAACUUGUGGAAUCUUGCAGGUGUCAACAUGGCUCCACAGUAUUUCGGACUGCUGCAGCAAAUACAAGCUUCAGCAAAUGCUACUACGAAUGGGCAAACAGGAGCAAAUUCAAGUUUAUCAGCUUUGAGUACCAUGCAGCAGCAGCUAUUAGUACAGCAGCAACUUCAAGCGGCACAAAAUUCAGGUUUGCUGGAUGUCUCUCACUUUGUUUUAUAUUCCUAA